CGUCACGCAGACAGCAGCUGUUUGCUAGCUGCCUGAUAGUUACUGCAAAGUGUCACUUGAAGUAAAGUUUAGUUUGUUUGUUUUAAAACGAUGGUAUUUGUGUCAGAUUAAUAAAAUAACGCGUGUUCGAUCACGUUAUAACUUUUACGCACGGCACAGAACAACAGAUUUAAACCUGCCCUGAAAGAAACGAGUUGUUUGGAGUGCAGGGUCUGGACAGUUUCAGGCUGCUCAGAAAUCACAAUUCUUGUCAGUGUUUACAAAAGCCGGUUAGUGAUUAACCGUCCUCGCUUGCAGCUGCUGCACAGAGUCUUGUCACACAGACAGCGAGCAGUCCGGCCACACCGUCACUCCGCAAUGCUGUGCGUCCGGCUUUGGAGAGCUCUGACACCCCUGUGCAGAACAGGUCACUGCACGGUAUGGACGCGAACCCAGAGCCACAAGGCAGCUGCCAGGCUCGACCUCGCAGGGAUUUAUCCGCCCAUUGCUACUCCGUUCACAGCCAAGGAGGACGUGGACUUUCAGAAGCUGGAGGAGAACCUACAGAAAUAUGCCAAGAUACCAUUUAAAGGUCUGGUGGUUCAGGGCUCAAACGGCGAGUAUCCGUACCUGACGGAAGAGGAGCAGGUGGAGGUGGUGAGGGCCGUGAGACGGUCACUGCCAGCGGACAAACUGCUGAUGGCCGGGUCAGGCUGCGAGUCCACCAGAGCCACAGUGCGGCUUACGGAGAACCUGGUGGUGACGCCCUGCUUCUACAAGGCCAAGAUGGGCAGCUGUGCUCUGAUCCAGCACUACACAAAGGUGGCCGACAGCAGCCCAGUGCCGGUGGUGCUGUACAGUGUGCCGGCCAACACGGGGAUGGAGGUGCCGACGGACGCUGUGGUGCAGCUGGCUCAGCAUCCAAACAUCGUGGGCCUAAAAGACAGCGGAGGAGACAUCACACGGAUCGGCCUGAUUGUUCACAAAACCAAAAUGCAGGAUUUCCAGGUGCUGGCGGGCUCAGCUGGGUUUCUCAUGGCUGCCUAUUGUGUUGGUGCAGUUGGCGGAGUGUGUGCGCUGGCUAAUGUGCUCGGUGGGGAGCUGUGUGAGUUGGAGCGUCUGUGUGUGUCCGGUCGCUGGGAAGAGGCCCGAGUCCUGCAGCAGCGGCUGAUCGAGCCCAACACCACCGUAACCCGGAAGUUGGGAGUUCCCGCCCUCAAGCAGGCGAUGGAGUGGUUCGGUUUUCACGGCGGUGCCUGUCGAUCGCCCAUGCAGCCGCUCACAGAGGCCGAGACCCAGCAGCUGAGGCAGGACUUUUCAUCCAACGGCUGGCUGUGAGGUGUCUUCACUGUAAACCUGGAGACAUUUUAGCUGGUCAGUCCUCAGAUCAGUGUGAGUGCCUCACAAAAAUACACCAGUUCUACUCAUUCAGUUUAAUAUAGAUGAAAUUCAAAACAGUGUUGCUAACACUUUGACUAAAUGCAGAGAAAUAUGUUGUAGUUUAUAAAUUACGUUAUUUACAUUUACAGCUUUUAAAUGUGUCACAAAAAGCAUCAAUGAAAGUUUUAUGCUUCUAUUUAAAUAAAAUAAAUCAGCACCAUGAAGUUGCUCGUAUGCUGCACCUCAGUAUCCCACCGGAAACAUUCAGUAAAACUGUCAGGACUUAAAAUCCAUAUGCACUUGUUUUGACAAU